CAAUUUCUAACUAGAUUAAUCAAUUUUAAUUAUCAUCUUACAUGUUAUAUUUAUGCACAAAAUAUUGCAAUUAAAAUUAUAUUUGAAAACUAGUCAUAAAAAUGUUGUGCAGCUUGAUUCGUUCAUUGCGCAUGCACAAAUUUGAAUGCAUUUAAAACUAACUGUCUAAAGCAAGGCGUCUGCAGUUUUAUGAAUUUUUAUAACAAAUACUAUUAUAUAAAAAGGAAUUUAUCAAAAUAAUGGAUUUGGACAUAGAAAAAAUACAUAAUAUUCUAAUUCAAGCCGAUCUUCCAUCAAGUAUAAAUGACUUGAAGAAUCCAACGGAAGAAUUUGUUAUCAAUUUAAUUAAUACAUUUUUGAGAAGGUUUCAUAUAGAUGUUGGCGCAAUUGAUAAACCAACAAUGGAACAACAAGAUAUAAUGAAAUAUUGUGAAGAUUCUGAUAUAAUUAAACUCAUAAAUUUACAUGUUGUUAUGGUUCAAAUAUGUGAUCGAAUAUACUUGAAAGAUUUAUGUAUUACAGAUAUAUCCAGUCCAGGUUCAAAGAAAGUACGUAAACAUGCAAAGCUUCUUGUAAAUUUCAUAUUGUAUGCAACUAACAAAGAGUCUGAUAUAGCAGAUGAAAUCAGCAAGAUUCAAAGUAAAGGCAAACUACUACAUGAUACAAUAGAAAAGAAAAAUGAAAUAUUACAAGCUAAAAAUGAGAAAGCAAUCUACACAGCAAAGCAUUUAUCAGUGAAGGAAAAGUGUGCUGCUGAAAUUCAAAAAUUACAAUCAAAAAUUGAAAAGAACAAUAAAAGAUAUAUGGAACUAAUGGCAAAAGUAAAUAAAGCAGAAGAGAAAAAACAUCAAGCAGUGGAACGUUGUGGAACUAAGAAAGCAGAGGCUACAAAGUUAAGUAAAACACUUACACAAUUAGAAUCGGAGAUUGUAAAGUCUCCUGAAGAAUAUAAAAUGCGUUUGAAUGAGUUAGAGAAACAACAAGCUGCUAAGGUCAAAGAACGUGAAACAAUGCAAGAAGCAUUCCUGGAUAAAAAACAUUUAAUUGAGCAACAAACAAACAUUUUAAAUUUUGUUCAGAAACAACUGGAAAAGUUUGUUGAAGUUCAAGAUAUACAUCAUCGAUUAAAGAACGUAGAUAUUCAAGAAAAUAAUGUUAAAAAACAAGUAGAUGUGCUUAGAACAGAUAUUACUGAAUUUGAAAAAAGAUUACAAACUCAAAAGGAACAACAUGAGGAGAUUGAAGUACAUAAUCUUAAUGCACAAUAUGAAGAACGUCUCGUGCCUUUACGUAAUUUGAGUAUGCAGUUAUUAAGUAAUAAAAAGUUAUGUAAAGAGAGAUUAGAAGAAAUGAAAAUGAAGUAUAAUGAUGAGUACCUGAAACUAGAAAAAUCACAAAGUACAAUAAAAAAAUUAGAAGAAGAAACUGUAGCACUUAUUAAGAACUACCAGGAUCUUUACGACAGUGAAAUUUUAAUUGAGAAAAGUUUUAUGGAACACGUGGCCAAUAAAUGAAGGUAAAAUUUUUUUCUAGUAAUAGCUUAAUAUUUUUAAUCUAUAGUGUAAUAUUUGAAUUAUAUUUUAUAUUUUUUUAUUUCCACUAAUAUGCAACAAAUGAAGUAAACAGUAAAAUACAAUAUUAAAAUAUAAAAAAUAAGUAUUCAACAUUAUAUAUUAUUCUUUAUUUUAUUUAAUUACAUUUGUUAGCAACACAGUCACUAAUAUUUAAACAUUAUUGAACAUAUUUAUCUAAACAUUACCUUUAUUGCAUUAUUUUUUACUGUUAAUAAAUACACAAGGUAGUAACAAUAUAUGUACUCUUUAAAUAGGAAGUUAUGUAGGUACUUUGAUUUUGUUAUUAACUUAUUUUAAUAAUUUUAUCGUGUGUAUUGCUCAACAGUUUUAAUAUUUAUUUUCUAAUAAAUUUGUUAGUAGUCGCACAUUUUCUACAACAUGCAAUAUAUAUAACAAAGUAAAGGUUUUAAAAAACAAUGUAAAGUAUAGUUGUUAAUAAAAAUAGAUUUUAUGCAACAGUUCAAAACGUUAUUUUAAUUUAACAUACAAUGAAAAUUAAAUAUAUUACGAAUAAACUCAAUCAAACCUCCUGUGCAGUUAAGUUUUAUAUAUUAUUUACAUAUUGACAACUGUAACAAUAUAAGCUCUAACAGUAUAAUUACAAAUUAAAACAAUGUACAAUAUUUAUACCUGAAUAUACACGAGUUAUCAUGGUUUCGUUAUAAUCUGCAUAAACAUACAAGAAAUUGUAUAUAUUAUGUACACAUUACUUUUCUUAUACAUGAAAAGUAUCUACAUGUAUGAAAGAGCAUAAGAGAAUUUAAAUAGUAAACAGCUCCAAAAUUUACGUUAAAUGUUACAAUUCUUAUGUAUUUACCAAUUCCCGUUUUUAUACCUUUUAUACAAAUAGUCCAACAAAUUUAACAAACUUUUAACUUAUUCGUUUUAUAGUACCAUUUAAAUUUUCUCCUUGUGUAAUUAUUUAAUACUUAUAACUUGCAUUAUUUCGUUCAACUUUAAAAACAUAUUUUUCACGCCUAUGCGUAUACAUUUUAAAUAUAAUAUAAUACAUACUCAAUCAAAUGUGUAAACUUAAGUUAUCGAUGUAAUUUAU